AUGCCCGAACUUUCCUUCGUUACCACCACGGCGGCCAUCGCCAAGGAUCGUUAUGGCCGCCGGGGCUCUGCUCCUGCCCCACGCCACGAGCGUAGCCUCAUGUCUGCAGGAGAUGAGGUCCCUGAUGUGUACGAGGCGAUCCUGCUCGCUCCCGGCGAGAACAAGAUCGACGUCGAGGUCGACACUCGCCUUCCUUCGGCUGCGAUCUUCACUUUCCACAAGGAGGACCACACCCUCGGCAACAUGCUGCGCACUCGCUUGCUCAAGACCCAGCAUGUCAUUUUUGCUGCCUACAAGGUCCCCCAUCCUCUGACUCCGAACUUCUUAUUGCGUGUUCAAACCGAUGGUGAAGUCACUCCUCGCCAGGCUGUUAUCAACGCCUGCCAUGCUCUGAUCAAGGACUUGGGUAUCCUUUCUCGCGAGUUUACCAAGGAGUAUGAGCUUCGCAAGAUGGCCAACGCCGCCAACCAGCAGCAGCAAGGCGCCGAGUAA